AUGGCGCCGCCGCGCCGGCUGCCGGAGCUCAUCGACGGCGCCACCGAGGAGAUCCUCCUCCGCAUCGCCCCGGAGGAGCCCGCGCACCUCGUCCGCGCCUCCCUAGUCUGCAAGCUCUGGCGCCGCCUCCUCGUGGACCCCGCCUUCGUCCGCCGGUACCGCGAGUUCCACCGGACGCCUCCGAUGCUUGGCUUCUUCCAAAAUCAGCUCGCCGCCGCCGACCGCGUCCACGCACCCUGGUUCGUCCCCACCACAUCAGCACCCCCCUUGCCGCAGCUGGCGUUCGAAUAUUCCACGGGAUGGGAAGUGCUCAGCUCUUGCCAUGGGCGGGUCCUCGUCGGCCACGGGUCCAUCGGCAUGAACCUCGUUGUCUGGGAUCCCGUCACGCGCCUUCGGCAGAGGCUGCCCAUGCCCAGAAUGCGGCUGUGCUUCAACUACUCCUAUGCGGUUCUCUGCGCCGUGGGCAGCUGCAACCACCUCGAUUGCCACGGAGGCCCCUUCCUAGUGGUCUCCGUGGGUUCUUGCCCCGUUGUAAGUGCUCCUGCCACUGACAGGCUCGCACGGGCGUGCGUGUACUCAUCAGAGACUCGUGCGUGGGGCACACCCACCUCUGUUGACUUGGGCGUCAGUGGCAAUGUCAACAACAAAAGGAGUGGUGCUGUUGUCCGAGAUGGCAUCUAUUUCGCCCUCACCUGGGGUGAAAGGAUUCUGAAAUUUGAUUUGGUCAAGAAUUGCUUAUCUAUUAUUUUCACACCAGACGUGUACCAAUGCGGUGUUGUCCUCAUGCCAAUGGAGGAUGGUUCGCUUGGGCUCGCCGCCUCGCCGGCAUCAAGUGUUCAAGCCUUCACCUGUGAUGUUGGUGUUUUCAUGAUGGAGCUCAAGUCAGGUCGGAAGAGGAAGGUAGGCGAGUCCAGGGUUAUUGGUACUAUCAUCCCGUUCAUGAGCUUCUACACUCCAGAUUGUGGGAGCAGAAAAUUGCCACCACACAUGCAGGAGAGAAAUUAA